GCACAGGCACAGGUAUGGUACAGGCACAGGCACAGGCACAGGCAUGGUACAGGUACAUGUGUGGAGACCCUGAUAAAGGUGUGUGAGUCAGAUACGUAAACCAACCCGUGUCUUUGGUUCAAACCUCGACUCACCUGUGGGGCCGGUCCACUUCGCUCUAAUCAACGUUACAGAAGCCAAUUAAGUUGAUUAUCCUUAAUUAAUGAAGUGGAUCCAGAGUUGAUUGAGCUGGACGAACACAACAGGUAAAGAAAACACUUUAAGUGUGGGAAUACUUUCCAUGACAUCAUCCCUGUCUCUCACCUGUUAGCCACACCCACCUCAUCAGUGCUAUCUCUCACCUGUUAGCCACACCCACCUCAUCAGUGCUAUCACUCACCUGUUAGCCACACCCACCUCAUCAGUGCUAUCACUCACCUGUUAGCCACGCCCACCUCUUCAGCCCCCCCCCCCCCGUGAAGGUCUCUGAAGCCAGAGGAGGACCAACACAUUCAUCUCGAGCUCUGUCUUCAGCUACAUCAUGAAGUCUGAUGACGUCAUCUCCCUCAGGAAGACGUCAGGACUCUUGUGACUCCAGAAACAAUUUAAAGGUAAACAUUCCAGGACACACGUUAAGGAACGUAAAUCUACCGCCGAGCAUGCGCGCAUGUGGCCACUAGAGGGCGCCACAUAUUCACCCUGAAGUCUUGUUUGCUGCCUUUAAAACUUUUCUUUGUUGCAUCAAAAGCCUCAAAAUCUCUGAGCCGGAGGACUUGUUGCUUCAGAAGGAUUUAUUGAUGACUGGACACGUUGCUCCUUCUGGACUCCUUCAGACUCCUUCAGGACUCCUUCAGGACUCCUCCAGGACUCCUUCUGGGCUCCUUCAGGACUCCUUCUGGGCUCCUUCAGGACUCCUUCUGGGCUCCUUCAGACUCCUUCAGACUCCUUGGAUGCUGCUGAACGAGCGGAUCCACUGAUCUCAGGUAUCACAGCUGGAGGAGGGCGCACAGGGACCAGCUCGGGGACCAGCUCAGGGACCAGCUCAAGGACCAGCACAGGGACCAGCUCGGGGACCAGCUCAAGGACCAGCUCGGGGACCAGCUCAAGGACCAGCUCGGGGACCAGCUCGGGGACCAGCUCGGGGACCAGCUCGGGGACCAGCUCGGGGACCAGCUCGGGGACCAGCUCAAGGACCAGCUCAGGGACCAGCUCUCCCGUUGUGGUCCAGCUUCCCGUGCGCACCGGCUGAGGAUGCGCAUGGAGUGACCCGCAGCCGCAGCGCGCGCAUCCCGGGGAUCAUGUGGGUCCUCUUGGCGCUGGUCCUGGCCGCGGUGGGUCCCGAUGGGGUCCCCGGCUGCCAGCUGCCCCGCGACUGGAGGCAGCAGACCGAGGCGUGCCGAGCCGAGCUGGCCCAGAUCAUCGUGUUCGCCAAGGUGCUGGCGCUGCACACCGAGCUGUACAACGUGUACGACAACUACCUCCCGGUGCCGCCGUCCGACCGGGAGCUGCUGUUUUCCGCGGAGGUCGAGCUGCUGUGCGACCAGGCGUGGGGCAGCACGCUGGAGGUCCCGGCCGGCUCCCGGUUCAACGUCACCGGCCUGGGCUACUUCAGCUGCUUCUCCUACAGCGUCACCGCCAACAACAACUACUACUUCUUCCUCAGGAUGGAUGAGAACUACAACAUCAUCCCCCAUGGAGUGAACUUCCAGGACCCCAUCUUCCCCGACACGGCGGAGAACCACCGGACGUUCUCCAGCCUGUUCCAGUUCUCCAACUGCACGGCCGGUACGCAGGUCCACAGCUACGCCCCGGAGUGGGAGGCCCAGGAGGACAGCCGGCUGCUGUGCUCCGCGGUGCAGAAGGCCCUGUUCGAGGAGGAGGAGAAGGUGUGGACUCUGUCCCAGAAGGUGCGCUCCUUGGAGAAAGCCAACGACCACCUGCGAGAGAAGGUGAAGAGCAUGAAGCGCCUGCUGCGCCAGGCCCAGCGCGAGACCCCCAAGGACAAGCUGUACGGGCCCAAGGCGCCCAGAACCCACCCGGACCAGGACACCGGCCCGCGCCUGAAGAAGACCUCCGCCUCCAGGACGCUGAAGAACUGAGAGGAACUCCACGUCGCCACGCUCUCGUCUUCAUCACGCUGUAAUGCUUUUCCUUUGACCUUUGACCUCUGAGUACCUUCUACCUUCCGUCUUCCGUUAGCCGGUUACUCUCCAACAUGGAGCUCUCCUGACCGGUUGAACUCUGCUGGACACACUGCAUGGCAUGAACAUGAAAGGAGUCGCUCUGGACAUGAAGGUCGUGAACGUGCCUCUUCCUCUUCCUCUCCUCACCUGUGGAUCGUCCCCCCCCCCCCCCCGGAGUAGAGUGCUGAGCAUUCUGGGAGACGCGUCUCUCUCUCUCUCUCUCUCUAUUCCUUUGUCAUCAUUUUGUUAAACAGCUUCAGUAUUUUUUUAAUUAUGAAUAAAUGAUCUUUUA